AUGCCUUUGGCGAAGGUCAACCCCAAACAGCCAGAAGCAGAACCUAGAACCUCAGUGCUGCGGACUUCGAUACUUAGUCCCUUCACUACCCUUCAUGAUCCUCUUCAGGUUCACCGGACCGUCGCCGUCACAGAACCAAUAUGCAUUCAGAACUCCAACCUAGACAGCAGUCUCUUGACAUUGGCAUGGGCUGUUCUUGUUGCCUCUUAUUCUGCAUCUAGCACAAUAACACUUGAAACAAACUUUCAGCACCCCGAUGAAUCAACAGCAGCAGCAGGUCUCAUCGAAUUAGAGCUGAAUCCCAUUCUGGGAAUACAGGAGACAUCGGUUGCAAUCGCAGAAAGAUUGAAGGAUACUUAUAGCCGGGGAGAUAUCUCAGUUCUUGAUGGAGACACAAACAAAAGCAUACAAGGGCUUCACGUUUCCAUGGUUUCAACGUGGAGUUCCUCGACGGAUGACGAAAGCGCCAGUGGUGAUGAAGGCCAUCAAUUGCACUCCCUCCAUGAGCACGAGAUCCUACUCUUGAUCGUUGAAUCUAUAUCACGGGAACAUGUAUCUUGCCGCAUUCAGUAUGCGGAAGCGGUGGGUUUUAAGGAGGCUGCCUCACGCUUCGCAUAUCAGUUCCGUCAUGUCGUCCGUCAGAUCACGUUGGAGACUCCCGAUCUGCAAUUGCAGCAGCUGGACAUGGUUUCACAGGUUGACAAAACCACCCUCGACAAGUGGAAUUCGCAGACCAAGACGUCGAUAAAGGAAUGUUGCCAUCGUCUUGUCACAGCCCAAGCGGAGAAGCAGCCAUCUGCCAUCGCUAUAUCAUCCUGGGAUGGUGAAUUAACUUAUGCUGAGCUUGACUCUCUGGCAGGAAAGCUGUCCGACGUCCUUCGCGCCAAUGGAGUACGUCCAGGAAUGAUCAUCCCACUUUUGUUUGAGAAGUCAAAAUGGAUGGUGAUCUCCAUGUUAGGAGUCCUUAAGGCUGGUGGUACAUGUGUCAGUCUGUGCGCUGAUUAUCCAGAGUCUUACGUUCAAGCAAUUAUCAAAAAGUCUGGUGCAACUGGAGUUUUAUGCUCUCAAGCGCAAAGCCAAAGAUUUGACCAUGGCGAGCAUUCUUGCUGGGUAUUGCCUGAAAUUCUGGAAGCAUCGGUUUGUUUUGAACACAAUCCCGUUCAUACAGACCCCUCCGGCGUCGCUCACGUUAUCUUUACUUCCGGAAGCACUGGGGAACCCAAGGGUGUGUUAAUAACCCAUGAGGCUAUCGCUACGGCUACCCACUAUCAAAGCCACGCCCUAAAUGUGGACCCACGCUCUCGGAUCCUACAGUUCUCCUCUUACGCUUUUGAUAUGAGUGUUUUGGAGACAUGGUAUGCAUUGACGCGUGGCGGCUGUUUAUGUAUUCCGUCGGAGACUGAUCGUCUCUGGGAAUUGCCGUCCUUCAUUCAGAAGCAUCGCGCCUCAUGGGCAUUCUUUACCCCGACCCUUCUACGCAAUUAUACACCGAAGGAUUUGAUUAAUCUGGAGACGAUCGUCCUUGGAGGAGAACCUGUGACUCAGGACUUGGUGAUGCAGUGGAACAACCACGCCCGUCUGUUCAACUUGUGGGGCCCCUCGGAAGGUUGUGGCGGUGCAAGCAUCGAGAUUCUUCCCGACACCUGGAUUCCAGGAACCUUUGGGAGCAGUUCAUGCUGUUAUUUGUGGAUUGUGCAACCGGACAAUGUGGAACGCUUGGUGGCUGUCGGAGCAGUUGGGGAGAUUAUCAUUGAAGGGACUGCUGUGGCUCAAGGCUAUCUCAACGAUCCGAUACAGACCAGUGCGCUUUUCAUACAACCUCCUGAAUGGCGCAAUACCUUCAGUUCGCCCAUAAUUGGACAGUUCUACAAAACAGGCGAUCUCGCCCAAUACAAUGCUGAUGGAUCCAUCCGUUAUUUAUCGCGCAAAGACACUAUGGUCAAGAUCAACGGGCAGCGAGUUGACAUGGACCAAGUCGAGAUUGCCCUCCGCCGCUUGGAGCCCGAUUGCCAGAUUGCUGUUGAUGCUGUGUUACUACCUGGUCGCAGCGAUAGAUCUGAUCCGGUACUCUUGGCAUUUAUUGAACACGCUGUGGGCGUUGAAUUUGACCUUGACAAAGUGCAAUGGCCCAUUCAGAUACCCCGAUCUUUCCACAUUGAGGCUUCCCAGCUCCUAAACCGGCUUGCAAAGUCUCUCCCCCGAUUCAUGGUUCCUUUGUUCCUCAUUCCCGUCACUCAGAUGCCAAUUGGGACUACGGGGAAAGUGGAUAAAAAAAAGCUGCGCAAGACCGUCGGAGGUAUGUCUCACACUGAGCUGGUUACGAGAUUAUAUCCCAAAAGCGGUCUUUUGACACCAGCUGAGCAAUCUUCAUGCCCGCCCCAGACUAAAGUGGAGCAGGUUCUUCAGGACAGUGUGGCGAACGUCUUGAAUAUACAAAUAUUGGCCGUUGAUUUAGAUCGAUCCUUCCGGGAGCUGGGCGGCGAUUCUGUCUCAGCCAUACAGGUUACGCGGCACUUGGCGACAAAUGGCCAAUUUUUUCACUGGGAAGGGCUUCUUGAUGCUGAGAGAUCGUUGAGAAGCCUUGGCGCCUCAAUUCAACCCGUUAAACGCCCCCAUAAGUCUCUAGUUGAACCAUUCUCGCUCAUGCAACCUUCCGAUGACAUUACGGCUCUGCGUCAAAUCGCUGCACUGCAGUGCUUGGUCCCCGAAACCGAUAUUGAGGAUAUUUAUCCCUGCACGCCGAUCCAGGAAAGCCUUUUCUCGAUUACCUCCGGCCUGGGCACCGAUGCAUAUAUCGACAGGUUUAUUUUCCAUCCGCCACCGGGAACAUCUCAAGAUAUGAACAAAUUGAAGCGAGCCUUGCAUCUGGCAGUGAAUCAACUCCCGAUUCUGCGUACAAGGAUGGUUCAAUCUUCGGGUGCUCAUAAUUAUCAGGUCGUGGUCAAGCAGUCAAUCAAUUGGCGACAAUACUCAAGCAUCGCUCAAUUUACGUCGACUGACUCGGCACGCGAGAUGAUUCUUGGGAUGCCUUUGGUCAGCCUUGGGAGCAUUAAAAGUGAAUCGCAGUCUGAAAAAUUUGCCGUGACUCUUCAUCACGCGACAUAUGAUGGCUGGACACUUUCACUACUCCUUCGACUUGUUGAACAGGCCUACCAUGGGUCAUCAGGAGUUGAACAUAUCCCAUUCUCUUCAUUCGUUCAUCAUAUCCAGCAAAAAUGCGACCCUUCAGCUACGGCAAAAUUCUGGCGCGAUGAGCUCGCCGAUGUUGAACCUUCUGCCUUUCCCCAUUACCCAACACCAGACUACGUUCCACGUGCAGAAACUACAAUUCGUCGAUCCAUUCAUCUACCGUCUUCAGAUGGCGCUUUUAGCCCGACGGUGCGUCUACGACUCGCAUGGGCAAUCUUGCUCUCAUUGUAUAGCGGCGCAGAGGACGUUGUAUUCGGCAAUGUCGUUGACGGACGUCGAGGGGACUUCCCUGGAAUAGAGGCUGUAGCCGGGCCUACAAUAUCCACCAUUCCUGUCCGGUGCCACUUAAAUCAUAAUUCCAGCGUUCGAGACACGCUGUCACAGCUUGAAGAUGCACGAUCUCGAUCUAUACCAUUUGAGCAGACUGGUCUGCAGCACAUUGCUCGUGCGGGAGAGGAUGCUGCGGUUGCAUGCCGGUUCCGGACCCUCCUCGUGGUGCAGUCCAAUACCGAGGGCGUUGAGUGUCCCCCUGUUCUGGGCCGCGUAGAGACAAUACUAGGUGGCAUGCAAGGAUUCCCAGGUUAUGGGCUUAUACUUGUUUGUGAGCCUAAGUCUGGAACCUGGUCUCUGGAGCUUCUUGUUGAUACAAAUCUCAUAUCCAUGCGUCGGGCGGAAGGAAUUCUAGGUCAACUUGCCCAUUUGGUAUGCCAGCUAACGCGGAGUGACUGUUUGAUUGGCGAUUUGGAUCUACUUUGCGAAGAGGACCGGAGUCAAUUAACAAAAUGGCAGACAGUUGCUCCAAUUCAGCCAGAGUGCUCCAUUCACGCCUUAUUCGCCCAAGCUGUUGCAAAAUGGCCUGAAUCCUUGGCAGUGACAACAUGGGAUGACUUAAAUUUGACUUACACACAACUUGAUGAUCUCACCUCUUCAAUGGCAAGUGACUCGAAUUUUGAAAGCCCCACUGAUGCACACACAACGAUAUGUGUACUUCUUCCGCGUUCUCAUUGGGCCCUUGUUGCGAUGCUAGCUGCCAUAAAAUCCGGAAACCCAUUUGUCAUGCUGGAUUUGGAACAAUCGUCAGCGCACCACGAGAAGAUCUGUCAACGAGUCAAGGCUGGUCUUGUUAUCACAAUUGAAGAAUUGGCAGAUCGGGCCAGCGGGCUUUGUGGCUCAAUGUUUUUUAUCGACACUUACACCCCGCAGACCACGAGUGCCGCCUUUGGUAUUAAGACGACUCCAAAGGACAUCGCAUACACUGUGUUCACAUCAGGAUCUACUGGUGAACCUAAAGGAGUUGUUAUUGAGCAUGGACAAUUUGCUGCUGCCGCCGUUGCGCAACAGAAAAGCUUACACAUCCACAAUCAAUCUCGUGUGCUCCAUCUUUCCUCCUAUGCCUUUGACUCGUUUGCUGUCGAAGUCCUCACCACACUUUGCGCGGGAGGCUGCGUGUGUAUUCCGUCAGAGGAAGAGUGCCGCACCGGCAUCGUGGCCGCAGUGCAGCGGUUUCAGGCAACCUGGAUGGUCAUCACCCCAUCGAUGCUCCGUCUCGUGAAUCCGCGGGAGGUGAUGAGCCUGAAGACUGUAGUUGCGGUUGGAGAAUCCAUGCUUCCUGACCAGGCCGAGGAUUGGUCGUCUCGAGUGCAGCUUCUGUGUGGCUAUGGUCCAACUGAGUGUUGUACAGGCGCCUCGGCUCAGCCGGUUGACUGUCAACACGUGGACGUUAGAAACAUUGGAAACGGUAUGGGUGCACAUCUUUGGCUGGUUCAUCAGAAAAACCAUAACAUCCUCGUUCCACUGGGUGCAGUCGGUGAGGUCGUCAUUCAGGGUCCGAUCGUGGGUAGGGAAUACUUGGACAAUCCUAGCAAAACCCAAGAAGUCUUCCUGGAUACCACCAACUGGGCUUCAGAACUUGGUCUAGCGUCUCAUGGUAGAUUCUACAAAACCGGCGACCUUGGCAGAUAUAACGCAGAUGGGUCGGUAAGCUUCCUCGGGCGAGAUAGCCAACAUAUCAAGCUUCGUGGGCAGCGAUUGGAUUUAUCUCUCGUGGAGCACCAUCUGCAGUUAGCAUUUGGCGGUGGUUUUACAGUAAUAGCGACCUUGGUCACGCCCGAGGCCUCCAAAGGCCAUCCUUUGCUGGCCGCCAUGGUCUAUUUGGGCAAGGACAAGGACUCCAGCACAGAUGAACAAUACACUACUCCUUUUUGCCAGCACUCCCCUUUUUUUGCCUCUCGACUGUUGCAUGUCCGAAGAGUCUUACAGGAAACAUUACCUCCCGUGAUGGUACCGUCGCUCUUCCUCCAACUUUGCAAGCUUCCACUGCUUGUAUCCGGCAAGGUCAAUCGUCCAGCCCUCAAACGCAUUGCAGAGGCAAUUCCCGCACAUGAAUUAGCUGUCCUAGAACAAUCUUGCUCCCAGCUAGUGAUUGAAUCACUUGCUGAGCAUGAGGUUGUCGCACAUACUCUUUCGCGCUGGCUGAGUGAAAUUGUCCGGAAACGCUUUCAAACUCCAGAGAUGCAGUCCUCGAUACGCGAGAUUCUAGGGCGGAAUGUAAGCCCGGCUCAACUAGGAUUGGAUUCUAUUGACAUGGUUUCAUUGGUUCAAUCAAUCCAGCGAGAGUUCCACGUCACCAUCCCGACUUCUGCACUCUUCCAAACCAUGCCAACAGUCCGCGAUAUUGCCACCAUGAUUGCCUCAUCCUCCACACAAUGCGAUCCCUCACUCAAAACCGCUCCAACAAACAUUGCCCCCUGGUGGAAGGACUACCAACGGUUAGAGGUCGAGGUGGAUAAACUUCUUCCUGGACCAAAGUCGAUGUGUAGGGACACAAAGGACCCGGGAACCGUGCCGACAAAGCAGCCCCGUCACAUUUUUCUCACUGGUAGCACGGGGUUUCUGGGAACAAGGAUUCUUCAGUCACUUGUGGGAAAUCCUGAGGUUCACUCAAUCACUCUUCUUGUGCGCGGUCCCACUGUUGAAGUGGCAUUAGCCCGUAUCGUCCGUGCCGCGAGCCAGGCUAAUUGGUGGAGACGAGAGUAUCGCCGUGUGAUCCAAGUCUGGCUUGGAGAUCUGUCAAAGCGUAAUUUGGGCCUAUCCGAUGAACAUUAUGAGAUUUUAUGCGGCGAGACAUUUGACGCCAUUGUCCACUGCGCCGCUACCGUCCAUUGGCUCUACGACUAUGAAGCCUUGCAAGCCAGUAACGUGCAGUCUACUUUCACAUUGCUUGCGGCAAUCUCCCGCCGACAAUCUCCUGCUCGAUUCACCUAUGUAUCUGCAUUGCGACCAGGAGAGACUGGUGGGCCAACGGUCUCAGAUGAUAUGAGGAGGAUGCUCUCCGCAGAGGCCGGUUAUAGUCAGACAAAGGUUGUUUCCGAGAUGCUGAUUGACCGCUUCAUUCAGUCGCAUGGGAACCAGGGCCAUUCCUUCACAAUCGUUCGCCCGGGACUGAUGAUGGGCCCUGCGGUAGAUGGAGUAGCUAACCUUGAUGAUGUCAUUUGGCGCACUGUUUCUGCAGCCCUUGACGUUCAGGGCUACAAUGCGCAAGAGGACGACUCUUGGAUAUAUAUUUCUCCAGUAGACUGGGUUGCUAGUGUGGUAAUUCAUGCCACUUUCCACCGUGAUACCAUGAACCCUUCCAGAACGUCUUGUAACGCUUUCAUCGUCUCUGUGGACGAUGGACUUCGUGUCAAAGAAUUCUGGAACGCAAUCAUGGAAGCAACAUCGCGACAACUCACGCCUAUGAGUGGUUCACAGUGGUUAGAUCGAGUACAGGAAAGGGUUGUAGCAAUGGGUAGCCACCAUCCUCUCUCCACUGUCAUUGAAUUCGCCAUUGCCACCUCCGGCUGCAUUGGCUCUUCACUGCUGUCGCAACGUUGUGACCUUCAGCAAACCUGGUACUCAGCUCAAAGUAUUCUAUGGAUGGCAGUUUUUCGUAAUGUCGAGUAUCUCACUUCGCUCAACUUCUGGGAGUCUGGUCAACAGGUGGUAUUCCAUGCGUCUGCUCCCAAUCGGACGAAUUUCUUAGUUUGA